CUAGGAUGUACUACGCAUGAGUGCACUCAACAGAAAGCUCCCUUGACCUUGUUGUGCAGAGGUCUGUUUAGCGCAUUUCGGGGCCAAAGUUUUUAUUUCCAUAGUGAAUCGAGGUGUAGCGCGCUGUGCAUGCAAUGGACAAUAUGUCUGAAUCUGGUAUCUCAAGAUCAAUGCGUGUAAUGUUAUGGACAUCACAUAGAUGUCUAUCCACUGUUUUCACUCGGUCGAUGGGACAGAUCCCUGGAAUGGAGAUAUGGUUCGAACCAUACGGAUAUGCUUAUAACGCCAUGCUCAACGUCCAACUGAACGACGGUAUCGAUUUACCGACAUCGUAUGAAGGAAACGAAGCUAUCUACAUUAAAGCUUCUCAGUAUAUUGGGAGGAUGAUGUCAAGGACAUUUCAACCCGAAGGACUAUCAUAUGAAAAACUAAAGAAGAUGUUAGAGAGUUCCACCGCUGAGAUGGUCUUUGUGAAAGAUAUAGGUCUUGCAAUGCAGCGUGAUGAUCUGAGAGAGUUGAUUCCUAAAGGAUAUCGCCAUUCGUUUUUGAUCCGGCAUCCUCUCCUUAUGUUUUCAUCACUUCGUAAAGCUAAUUAUCAGCAUCUGAAGGGUAAUAAUAUCCUGCAUGAAGGUGAAACAUGUGAAGCUGAAUUUGAUAUGAGAAGGCACAUAGAAAUGAACAACCCCUUUGAUUACUACAGAAGUCUGUAUGAUCUCUGGAAAUACAUCAAGGAAACUAUUGAUCCUGAACCAGUAAUUCUCGAUGCUUCAGACUUGCAAAGGAAUCCCUCUGCGGUGCUCCCUCUCUACUGCAAGGCGGUAGGACUGCCAUUUACCAAUAACAUGCUCGGAUGGGAAAAUGCUCCUCUGGAUGAUAUUCAGUCAUGGAAUACCACUUGUAAUAUUAACGUUCAAACAGGAUUUUUUGAAGGAGUGUUAUCAACCACAAGGUUCUCUCCACCCAAAGACCUCCCAUCACGUGAUGAAUUGACCCCUGACGUCAUCGAGCUAGCUGAUGAAGCUUUACCGUUUUACGAAGAAAUGUACAAAAAUCGUUUACAUUGAAAAUUAAUGAUGAUAAAAAAGAAAAGAUAGUUUCAUUACAUUUUUUUCCAGAUAGAUCUUAACACGUUGCAUAUUAUUGUCUUGAUAUCUUAGUGUGUAUGUAUAUCUGUCUAUGUUUAUAAUCACUGGAAGUGGGGCAGAAGGCUUGUUGCCCUUCGUAGUCAGUUACAUAUUUUUGUCCAUGGUAUUCCAGUGGUUUAUUUCUAUUAUGCAUCUUUAAUUUUGUGCUAUCAGCAUUGUAAUGUCAUCUUCAUGUUGGCAAAGAAAUAAAAUAUUGAAAGUAGA